AUGUCUUCCAUUAAGAUUGAGUGUGUUUUGCGGGAGAACUGCCACUGCGGUGAGUCUCCAGUGUGGGAGGAGGCGUCCAACUCUCUGCUCUUCGUAGAUAUUCCUGCCAAAAAGGUUUGCCGGUGGGAUUCUCUCAGCAAGCAAGUGCAGCGAGUGACCGUGGAUGCCCCUGUCAGCUCUGUGGCCCUUCGCCAAUUGGGAGGCUAUGUUGCCACAGUUGGAACAAAGUUCUGUGCUUUGAACUGGGAAGAUCAGUCAACAGUUGUCUUGGCCACAGUAGAUAAAGAGAAGAAAAACAAUCGAUUCAAUGACGGGAAGGUGGAUCCCGCUGGGAGAUACUUUGCCGGUACCAUGGCUGAGGAAACAGCUCCAGCAGUUUUGGAGCGCCGCCAAGGGUCCUUGUACUCCCUCUUUCCCGACCACCAUGUGGAAAAGUACUUUGACCAGGUGGACAUCUCCAAUGGUUUGGAUUGGUCUCUGGACCACAAAAUCUUCUAUUACAUAGAUAGCCUGUCCUACUCCGUGGAUGCCUUUGACUACGACCUGCAGACGGGAAAGAUCUCCAACCGCAGAAGUGUUUACAAGCUGGAGAAAGAAGAACAAAUCCCAGAUGGAAUGUGUAUUGAUGUUGAGGGGAAGCUCUGGGUGGCCUGUUACAAUGGAGGAAGAGUGAUCCAUUUGGAUCCUGAGACAGGGAAAAGACUCCAAACUGUGAAGUUGCCUGUUGGUAAAACAACCUCAUGCUGCUUCGGAGGGAAGGAUUACUCUGAAAUGUACGUGACCUGUGCCCGGGAUGGGUUGGACUCCAAGGGUCUUCUGCAGCAACCUGAGGCUGGUGGAAUUUUCAAGAUAACUGGCCUAGGAGUCAAAGGAAUCCCUCCCUAUGCUUACACAGGAUGA